UGUGUGUGGCUUGUGAUCCUAGUCAGUACUCAGUAGUCGUGCUGAUCUACGUGUGCGGAGGGUUCCUACGAAGAGAAGGGGCUGAUCCCGGCAAGUGAAGAGUGAUCUCGUGAAUUGUUUCAUUUCCAAUUUCUUUAUCAGGCCUGAUAAUUCGGGACUAGAGACAUAGUUGUCAUAGAAAGAGGAUGACAUUCAUGAAGGAAUGGUUGUGGAUCGUACCGAUACUGCCAUUUUGCUUUUGUGGAAUACUCUACCCGAGGGAGUCGGAAAAUCGUGAGGUCAAGUCACUCAAUGGAGUCUGGAAAUUCCGCCUGUCAAAAUAUCCAAACGAAGGAUAUAACAAACAUUGGUAUAGUUAUCCAUUAGAAAAGACUGGAGAUGUGAUAGACAUGCCUGUCCCAGCUAGUUACAAUGAUAUAACCGAGGAUAAAGAGAUACGAGAUCACGUUGGAGUCGUCUGGUAUGACAGGACCGUGUACGUUCCAAAAUCCUGGCAAGAAAAAGGUCAAAAGGUUUGGAUUCGGUUUGGCAGUGUACACUAUUAUACUGAUGUGUGGGUUAACGGUAAUAAAGUAGUAACCCAUGAGAUUGGCCAUCUUCCAUUUCAAGCUGAGAUCACUGAAAACCUACAUUUUGGGCAAAAGAAUUUAAUAACUGUUGCUGUUAAUAAUACGUUAAAUAUUGAAACUAUUCCUCAAGGACAAGUACAAGAAUUGUACACGUUGAAUGGGACAAAACAAGUGCAAACUUACACCUUUGACUUCUUUAACUACGCUGGUAUUCACCGUAGUGUCGUUUUAUACACGACACCAGCAAAUUACAUCCAAGACAUUACCAUUUACACAGAAAUCGCUAGAUCAAAUGGGCUUGUGUAUUUUAACAUUACGUUUUCUAACCCUCCAUCCCAAACAUUCUUGGGCCACUGCUACAUAAACUUGCUCGACGCAGAAGGGACGAUUGUGGCCACAAUUUCAAAGGAUAUUCAGAAUACCAACGAAUAUCUGGGGAAGCUUGAUGUUCCAAAUGCCAAAUUUUGGUGGCCUUACUUAAUGGACUCAAACCCUGGUUACCUUUACACAUUUGAAGUCAAAUUAUCAAGCAUUCAUAAAGGAGCAGAAAUUGAGGAUGAGUAUCGACUUCCGAUUGGAAUAAGGACAUUAGAAUGGACCGAUACAAGCUUUUAUAUCAACAACAAGCCAAUAUAUUUGAGAGGAUUUGGAAAACAUGAAGACUCAGAUAUACGAGGAAAAGGACUGGACCUUGCUUUGGUUGUUAAAGACUUCAAUCUAUUGAAAUGGGUCGGAGCGAAUGCGUUUCGCACUUCUCAUUAUCCGUACGCCGAAGAAAUUAUGGACUUUGCAGACAAAGAGGGCAUAAUGAUUAUCGACGAAUGUCCGAGUGUUGACACUGAGAUGGGGAAACAAUUUCGAAAAAAGAAAGGAAAAUAUAGGAGCCAUCUAUCAAUAGAUACUCUUGCAAGAAUACCAAAAGUACAAAAAUCGCGUAAACGGAGCCAAUACUCCCAAGCACUCCUGGAAAAGCAUAAAGAUUCACUCACCCAGUUGAUAAAAAGGGAUAAAAACAGGCCAUCGGUCAUUAUGUGGUCCGUAGCUAACGAACCCAGGACACAAUAUCCAGAGUCUGCUGAUUAUUUUAGAUCUGUGGUGAGCCAUGUAAAAUCAUUGGAAACAACGAGGCCAGUUACAGCUGUCCUCAACAAAUUGUAUUCCGUUGACCACGCGGGGCAAUUUAUGGACAUCAUCGGCUUCAACCGGUAUAAUGGAUGGUACAAAGAUCCUGGAAGGACGGAAGUUAUUCAACUGAACGUUGAAACCGAAGCUGAAAAUUGGCAUUUGAAACAUAAAAAACCAGUGAUGAUUAUGGAAUACGGAGCCGAUACCAUGCCUGGCCUACAUAUUGAACCUGCUUACAUUUGGUCUGAGGAAUAUCAAGUCACCCUUCUAUCAGAACAUUUCAAAGCUUUCGACAACCUUAGAAACAAAACUUUUUUCAUCGGAGAAAUGAUAUGGAAUUUCGCCGAUUUCAAAACUGAACAAUCUACAACAAGAGUCGGAGGGAAUAAAAAAGGCAUUUUCACGAGGACUAGGCAGCCGAAGACUGCGGCGCACCAUGUUAGAAAAAGAUACCACCAGCUCGCUCUCGAAAUUGAUUGCCACGAGCUUCUGGCUGAUCUCGAACAUUACACCUCUCCAAAAUCUCUCGAAAGGAAUAAUAGAAAUGAACUUUGACAACAAAGUGUAACUGUGCCUAAAAAUCUACUUCUUAAAGAAUAAAGAUUGAUAGUUUUAUAUUUUCUCCUCAAAUAUCAAGUCAUAAUAAAUGUAAUGUAAAUAUUAUAAUUAAUAUAAUCUAGAUAGUUACAUUGAGUUUUGCGAGUUAAAUUUUGUAUUGUUGAUACAACUUCAUAGAAAAUAUAUCAAAUA